GCAAAGCACGCCGGGACUUGUAGUUCCGGAAGCCGAGUCGGGGCGCGCGGCGGCAUGUGGCCCCGAGUGCUGCUGGGGGAGGCCCGGGUGGCUGCGGGCGGAUAUGGCGCUGUCUUGUCUCGCUUUGCCGUGCGUUUCUCCCCGCCAUGUACUGCUGGGAGCGGCUCACCCCUGCAGAGGAAUCUGCAUGGCACUGCUACGCGAGCUUUCCCGCUCAUCCCUAUAGUUGUGGAACAGACGGGGCGAGGCGAGCGCGCUUAUGACAUAUACUCGAGGCUCCUGCGGGAACGCAUCGUGUGCGUCAUGGGCCCGAUUGAUGACAGUGUCGCCAGCCUGGUCAUCGCCCAGCUGCUGUUCUUACAGUCUGAAAGCAACAAGAAACCCAUUCACAUGUACAUCAACAGCCCAGGUGGCGUGGUGACUGCGGGCCUGGCCAUCUACGACACGAUGCAGUACAUUCUGAACCCCAUCUGCACGUGGUGUGUUGGACAGGCUGCCAGCAUGGGCUCCCUGCUGCUUGCAGCUGGCAGCCCGGGCAUGCGCCACUCGCUGCCCAAUUCCAGAAUCAUGAUCCACCAGCCCUCCGGAGGGGCCAGGGGCCAAGCCACAGACAUCGCUAUCCAGGCGGAGGAGAUCAUGAAGCUGAAAAAGCAGCUAUACAACAUCUACGCCAAACAUACCAAGCAGAGCCUGCAGGUGAUCGAGUCGGCCAUGGAGAGGGACCGUUACAUGAGCCCCAUGGAGGCCCAAGAGUUCGGCAUCUUGGACAAGGUCCUGGUCCACCCACCUCAGGACGGGGAGGAUGAGCCAGAACUGGUACAGAAGGAGACUCCCACAGCACCGGCCGAUCCUCCUGCCCCGGCGAGUACCUAGGGCCUGACCUCAUCUCCAGGAGUGUGGAGACCCAGGACUGCCGAGCCCAGAGGUACCCCUGGAGAAGAUGUGGAUUGAGGCUGCCCUCCUGCCUGAGACACUGUGACUUUAAAUUAAACCUUUAUGGUCGCUGUCCCA